UGUUGGUCGUUUAUUGCUCGCAAUUUGUACGCAAAAUGUCUUUUAAUAAACAUCUCUGGGGUGGCCGGCUUCUUCGUCUAUUUAUGGCCAGUAUCCGCAUUCCAGCACGCGGGUGGUCCCGCGCUCUCUCUCUCACUCAGCAGCUUCUGCGCAACAAAAGCAGUUAAACCGAAGGCAAAAGCGCAACCAGAGCUUAACUGGCAUGUCUUCCAAGAAGGAAAACUGCACGCGAACGACGCCGUAAGACUUCAAUGUUGUCGUGGUUCUCGUGACGAAAUGCUGCUGGUGCUGUUGCUCGCAGCGGUCGUGCGCUGCGGCGUGAUCAACACGACGAACGCCACCGCCAACGACUACUUCCCCUACGUGCGCCAUUCCCCCGAGAGAUUCGACAAGUCUCUGCUGGACUUAAACCUGGAUUACUGCCCGCGUCCAGCGAAAUGUGUCCCACUGAACUACACAACAUGCAUGGGCGCGAAGCUGCCGUACGAUUCCACAUCGCUCAACCUCACCGACCUGAAGAGCCAGGAGGAAGUGCAAGAAAAACUCGCGAUGUAUCAAUAUCUACGCUUCAUUCCAAAGUGCUGGGCGGUCAUACAACCCUUUCUGUGCGCGCUGUACAUGCCCAAGUGCAAGAAUGACAUGGUGCACCUGCCCAGCAAGGAGAUGUGUAAGAUCACAAUGGGCCCGUGCCGAAUUUUAUACAACACGACGAUAUUUCCCGACUUUAUGCGCUGUGAGGAUGAACAACUGUUUCCAUCAAGGUGUAAAAAUGAUAUUCAUGAGCUCAAAUUCAACACUACAGGCUUUUGCAUGGAGCCUUUGGUUCGGACAGAUCAUCCAGAUUGGUUUUAUCAAGAUAUUGAAGGUUGUGGAUUAAGGUGCAAGGAUGCAUUCUACACAGAAAAUGAACAAUAUCAAAUCCAUAAACUGGUUGGAUAUUGCGUUUUACUGUGUAUCACCUUCAACUUGUUCACAAUCGUCACGUUUAUGAUCGACUGGAAGACAGCGAAUAAAUACCCGGCGUUGGCGAUCUUCUACAUCAACAUCUGCUUCUUCGUGUCAUACAGCGGCUGGCUGGUGCAGUUCCUCGGCUAUGAAACACGCGAAGAUGUUGUAUGCAAGAAAGAUUUCACGCUGCGUAAAUCCGAGCCGAGUGCAACCGAAAACCUAUCCUGCGUCAUCGUCUUUGUCAUGGUUUACUAUUUCCUUAUCGCUGGAAUGGUAUGGUUUGUGAUAUUUGCUUAUGCAUGGCAUAUGAGCUCCCUGCAAGCUCUGGGAAAGAUCCAGGAACGCGUUGAUAAGAAAAAGGCAUACUUUCAUCUAGUUGCGUGGAGUUUACCGUUGAUGUUGACCAUCACGACAAUGGCGCUUGGGGAAAUUGACGGCGACUACGUUACGGGGAUUUGUUUCGUUGGCUUUGUCAAUACAGCAGCCAGAAUGGGCUUGUUAUUGACUCCGUUAGCAGCUGCGAUUCUAGUGGCUGGUUAUAUUAUCAUCCGAGGGUUGAUUCUGUUGAUUAGAGUGAAGAUAGAAAGUCGUGAGAUUAUCUCGGAGCAUUCAAGUCGUAAAAUUCGUUCAAACAUCGUCCGGAUGGGAGUUUUCGCUUUGUUUAUGCUGGUGUUUUGUAUCAUUACGUUUUUCUAUCAUGGUUAUCGAGCUAUCAACACAGCCAACUGGGAACGCAGCUUAUACCAUUAUAUUUUGUGUAAAUUGACGAGUUUGAGUAAUGAUUACUCCUAUUGCCGACAAGAAAGUCGUCCGAGUGUGGCAAUGCUACAACUGCAGUUGAUUGCGGUCUUUGGUUCUGGAAUAGCAAUGGCGUCGUGGAUAUGGUGCGGUGCAACGUUACACGCAUGGGCGCGAUACAUCCGUCGGAAAUUUCACUGCGAGAUUGACGAGCCGAUGAAACUACAAAAGCAUAAAAUCAUCGCGAAGGCUUUUGCUAAGCGUCGCAUGUUCAAUCAAGGCGGACGCAUUUCAAUCGAGUGUCAAAAUCACACCGACCCGGUUGGUUUACACUUCGAUUUAAAUUCAGCGGCGAGUAAUGAGCUCAGCACAACCUGGGCGGCUAACUUACCACGAUUGGUGAGUCGACGUGGUGCCGUCCCCAACGAGGUAACCGGCUCGGCAUCCAGUAAUAAUCAUUCAAUUGAUUCGGAAAUGAGUUACAGCGUACGACACGUGAGUAUUGAAAGCCGGCGGAAUUCCGGGGACAGCCAGUUGAGCGUGCAGAUUGCCGAGGUGAAAGCAACACGUAAGGUAAAUACACGACGCUAUCGUAAUAGUUGCCGGCGAAAGCGUGAUUUUCGCCGGCCAUGUCGCGAUGUGUUGGGUAAGAAACUUAGCAAGGGUGGUAGUAAACGCGAAAGCAGUACCAGUUUAGACUCGCAUUUCGGCCAGCAGCUGCUUAAUGUAUUAGACGCUAAGCAAUUUGCACCAAACAUGAAUCGGCGUGCUGGAAAUGCCGGCCUUGAUGGCCAGCAUAUCAACGCACUUUUGAGUAAUGGCCGACUUGUGAUACCUUGUCUCAAAUCAGGCAGCGAAGACGAAAAUGUCUCGGUGACAAUCUCCGAGUCGAAAUUCAAUAUGGUCGUCACAAACAACAUGGAUCUGAAUGAUGAGUUAGUGAUGAAGUCGCUGCGUCAGGGACUACACAUCGAGGAGCUGGAUGGCACAUCAUCGUCAGAAUCGAGUUGUGAUGAAGAGCGCCGACCAUUGGUGGUGCAAAUUCGCGCAGUGAGUGACGGUGAGGACUCCGACGUUGAAGCAGAACGCGCAGACGCAGGAAAAAACGAAUUGUGCUCCAGCAAUUCAUCUUAUCCUGAAUUAAAGCAACUAAUGCAAAGCUCGAUUAAUUCAGGUGCGUAAAUUCGACACUCAGAAUAUAUUUAUUCUGGCUGAACAGUUCCAGUGCAACUAUGAGAGCGAGACUGACACCAAACCAAUUUGAUUUUAUUGGGUUUUAUUACUACAGAAUGAGCAACGAACAAAAUAAUUUUCUUAUGCAGGUCGUGCCUUGAUACGUACCUUGGUAAACGAUUAACGUAAAGAUAUACCUAGUAGUUUAUAGACUAGAUUAAUAUCUUUGAAAUCUGAGAUUAAUGAAUAUGUACAUAGUAGUUAAUAAGCCUAGAAUUAUCAAUUGUAUAAAAUUGUGACAAAAUUUGACGACAAAAAGACUGCCAUACUAUUUUUAUACUUACCUGUUACAAAAUAUUUGCAAGUAAUUUGUAUUUUACAGUGAUUAUAAUGAGAAAUGUGCUUUUGCAACGAAUUGAAUAAUUGUUACUUUACAAACAGUUUUAUACAAGAAUGUAUUUGAUUCUUUUACACGUGUUUCAUAUGAAGAAAUAUAAUCUAAACCAAA